AUGCUCGACGGUUCACAGGAUAUAAUCCGCCCACACGGCCGACGCAGCAUUGUUCUUCCGGAAAAAGAACCUCUUGACGGUGAAUAUGUUGCAUCGGGGGGGAAUAAGAAGCUGGAGAUCAUGCGACCUGCUCCUCCGCCGACCACGUGGGGCAGCUCUGAAGAUAUUGUUCCCUCCGUCGCCCGCAUCGAGCAUUCCCUGCAGUACGAACAGCGCCGACAGCAAAAUUUCGCGACACGGGAGGAUGUUUUGGAGCUGGAAAAGCAAAUUAGCGAUAGUUGCAACGCAGAAAUCGGAAACGUCAACUCCCUGUCCGAGGAGCGGAAGGGGAAACUCGGGGAACAGAAUCUGUACUACUUGAACCUCGUGCAAAUUUUGGACAAGGGAGUAAAAGACUUGAGCAGGCAGGUACACAGUGACAAGGGUUGUACUAGGUUCGUUCAUCAAGAUCGGAGGGUGGAAUCUGGUUGUACACCAAAGGAUAGAGGACCAGUGGUCCCAGCUGCACUUGACUACAGGAUCGGCGUCUUUCCAUUCUUGAAUGGUCACGAUCCCGAUCAUUUCCGUGGAGUUCCAGCCUCACCAGGGGUUCGAGGAGGUGCGAAUAAACUUCCCGCCAAGUGGACCACGUCCACCCGUACAGCUACAACCAGUUCGGCGAAAAGCAACUUCCAAAAGCCGGAAGAAAAGUUAAAAAAAUUCACCUGCAACCUGGAGCACCUCUGGCACAUCUACUUCGAUUUAUUCGAGCGAGUGCGGGAGUGCUUGACCUUACAGAGGGAAACGAAGGAGAUACAAAAGCUGAAGGAGUUGACUUAUCAAUUGGAAGUGAAAAAACGAGAAUUAGAACAACUCCGGAAGAAACAACCGAAGGAGAUUGUGAAGUUGGUGAGCAAAAUGGAGCAGGACUAUGACGCGGAGAUGAAGUCUUUAGAUUCGGUUUUGUUGGAGGAAACGCAGAAGUUGGAAAACGUUAAACAGGAUUUGAAAAAACUACGGAAGAACUUCGCGCAGUGGUUUCCGGAAUUGGAAAAAUGUAGGAUAAACAGCUCAACACGGUUCUCCACAAGACAUUCAAAUUCGGAACAAGGCCGAAUAAACUCUGGCAAUUUUAUAGCCUCGCGGGUCAGUGGUGUUGUCGGAAGUAGUACUGUGCAGUCGCUCGGAGUUCUUGGAGACAUCACAGCAGGGGAAGAAGAUGGGUCUGGCCGCCGGCAGCAAGUGCUUUCUCAUGCGAAAUUGGCGACGAAUGUGUUCAAGUUUUCGUACAAAGGUGGUACGGAGGGUAAAACUAAGGUCGCCGGUAGUUCUACAACGACUGCGGACAGACAAGAUGAUUCUCUAGUUCCCCCGUCUCGCCGAACGCUGUUGCAAGUCGACUCAGAAUAUUGAAAGGAAAAAUCCUUCCUCCCCAUAUUGAAAAGGUAUGACUUCGAAAAUUUGUGUUGCUGAUUUGAGGUCACAAAUCAUAUUUGUCUUGCAAGAAGACAAGGGCAGGAGCUUUCGCCCCAUUAUGGAAGCGAUUUGUCAUGCUCUUGGGCCUAAAGGGGAGCCGUUUGCCAUGCUGAGCAACUAGACACGUGCGCCCCUAUCCAGCCUGGAGAUCUGCCCGCAAUGCCUCUCUGCAAUACAAAGCUGAUUUGUGUACGCAAAUCAGCGUCAGAAGUUUCCAUUUUGAUAUGGGGAGGGGGGAUUUUUCAUAGUGAUACAGAAUCAGCUAGCGACUCGGAUAGUGCCAAAGGUAGCAAACGACCCUCACGCGGCAACACAGGCGCGGCCGGGUCAUCUGCACCCUCUAGAAGUACCCAUCUGCAGCAAGCAAGCCCGCGGGAUUCAUCUUCUUCCGGGUUACUUCCUACUUUCCUCCAGCAAUACGCGUUCGAACCGAAGAUGAGAAAUGUGGAAAAGGAAUUACUCUCCGAUCUGGCAUAUCCUGUGCACAAGUAUCGUACUCGUACUAAUUGCUUUUACGCAUUACAAAUCUUGUUCUUAUUAAGGUAAAACAGCAUGACAAAUUCCAGCUCUCAUGCUGAGGAAAUUUGUAAUGCAUUUAUACGAGUACGAUAGGAUACUUUUGCAGUUCAUAUGGCAAGGUUGGCGGAGAAGUGUCCGAACGUCGGGGUGGAGGAAUUUCUCGAGCUGUUGUGAGAUGAACAAAGCAAGAAAAUUGGAAGCAGCUUUGCAGCAUGAUCAUCAAAAGCGAUGUAUUAUUUUAAAACCCUCAAGUUGAUUUAUGAUUUCAACUGCUUCGCAAAGAGGCUGACUAUGAAGCGCUGAGAAAAGGAGAGACACAAAAUUUUUAUCCUGGAUGAAAAGGUGGACAUGAUGAAAUACUAAAACACAGAAAUUGCUCUUGCUGCAAGAGAUAAAGCUGUGAGUUGUACAUGUACUACACAGGCGACCCGCUCACGCUGCAACAAGCACGGCAAGAUCGACA